AUGCCUUCGUGUGGCACAUCACUUGUGAGCGGGCUGAAGAAGUUGGGAAAGCCCAUCUUCUCGCAGACGCGUGAGGUGCAGCAGCGCAAGGAGAAGGGACUUCACCCAGUCUCUGAGCUCCGCCGCUUCCACCUUUUUGUCUGCUGCUUCUUCUGCAGCGUGUGCGCCUCGCUGACGUACGCGUUCGACCUCUUCACCACCCAGUUCCGCAGCCAGUUCAAGUUGACCUUGAGCGACCUGACCAUCAUCAGCACCGUGGGCCUCGUUUUCUGCUACUUUACGAUCCCCUACACCUUUAUCUUCCAGCCGCUCGGCCCCUUUGCCAUCUUCUGGAUAAGUGCCACUGCCACCGCUAUCGGCGGUGUCGGCCUUGCUGGCAUCUUCCGCGGCCAUAUUACUGGCAACACCGCCACCAUCACGGUCUUCUACGCGCUCCUCAACAUGGCGAGCGGGCUGAUCGAUAUGUCCUAUGUGUCGACACUCGUUGAGGUUUUUCCGCGCAACCGCGGCCCAAUCGUGUGCCUCGCGAAGGUGAUGACCGGACUGGGCAGCUCUGUGCUCGCCGCAAUGAGCAGCACCUUCUUCGAGGACAGCAUCGACGGGUUCAUCUACUUUAUUGCGGCGUUUGUCAUCGUCGUGUGCAUCUGGUCCAGCUUUGUUAUUGUAUUGCCACCGUACAUCGUGAACUGGUGGCGUCGUCAGGGCAAGACGCCGGAGCAGAUCGCCGCUCUGAAGGCCACGGUCAUCUACUACGAGCGCAAGUUCGUUCCGAUGCCGCGCCUGAUCGUCGGCUACGCUGUGGUGCUGUUGCUGCUCGUUUUUUUCACGACUGAGGCGCCGCUCCUUGCAUACAUGCCGAACGUCAGUGGAAGGAGCAGGAUCGUGGUUGGCAUCAUCACGGUGGCGUUGACGUGCUCCAUCGUUGUGAUGCUGCUGCCUCUCCGCAUCCUCGGUGGCGUGAACGAACUGGAUCCAGAGCUGGAGCGGUUGGAGGACUUUGAGGAGGCCGCGCGCACCAAGGAUGUCGAUGAGGAUGGUCGCCUGGUGCAGCUUGACGACCUUGGCCAGGAGGUGCGGACGAGUAAUGAGGGCAGCGGUGAAGUCCUGGAGCCCUUCCGCAACGCCACCGUCGGCACGGGCACGAGCAGCCAGAGCGAGGAUGUCAUUAACAGGUACGCGCACCAGGACCCCCGUUACGAGGGUACAGUCAAAGACUACCUCCUCAACAUCGAUGUGUGGCUCAUCAUGCUGCUCUUCGUUUGCUACGGUUGCAUGGGCGUGAUUGUCUUGUACAACUCAUCCACCAUUUCGAUUGCCCUGACUGGCCAUAAGCGCAGCAUACAGCUGUCCGCAUUGUACACCGCCUUCCUCGGCGUGGGUAGCAGCGUUGGCCGUAUCGCCUUUGGUCUUUUCGAGGCGUACGUGCAGCACCAGGAACCCGAGAACCGCAAGGUGCUUGUGUCCAUGGCGCUGCCCGUAUCCCCGGCGAUGGCCUUCCUCGCCGGCAUCUUCCUGCUCUUCCUGCCGGGCAAAGCCGUACUGCUGCCCUUUAUCCUCGUCUACAUGGAGGAGGGCAUAUUUGCCGGCAUCAACGCCCUCAUCUUUCCCUGCAUGUUCGAGAGCAACCACAACUUCUUGUACAACCUCAGCUUCUUCGUGCAGAUGUGCUCCAUCAUCUCCUUCAACCUUGGCAUGUUCGGCCGGACCAUCGACAGAGAGCAGAGGAGGCUCCACAUCCCGAUGGACCGCGAGUGCAACGUCAAGUCUUGUGUGAGGACGCCGAUUAUCGUAUCCACGGUGCUCGCGUUUUUCGGCGUCCUUGUCGCCCUGGCGAUCCACUUCCGCUACGCCGCCUUUGUGAAGCGCACGCGAGAGCGCGUGCGAGCUUAA